GACGUGGAACGACAUCUCUUGGCGUCCCCUUAGAUGGAGGAUUGAUAAGAUAUGAUCUUCUAAGAGCCUCACCCUUUUAGCUUGCGUCAUAUCGACUUCAACUUGAACUUAGAUAUGGCUAGACGUGCACAUCAGCAAUGAGAAUCUGCAGAAUAGACGAUCAAUCUGCGCCUCGCCUUUUAGACACUUCCGACGAAACUCGAACGCACUCUCUUAGAGUAGCGUUGGCCAUCAAACUGCGCACCACGCUUCCGCCCCUCCUCGCGAUCCAAAAUCUCCCUAGCUAUAGAACCUAAACGCAGUCUCUUAGACUUGCGUUCGUCAUCAAACUGCGCACCACGCUUCCGCUCCUCCUCGCGAUUCAAAAUCUCCUUCCAUAUCAAGUCGCCUUGAGUAGGAUCCCGUCUCAAUCCCGACGUCUUCUGUGUUUUCAGUCGGUUCAACGAUUUGACAGCGAGGGGGAUACGAUUUGCACGGGAUUCAAUGUCAUCUCCACCGGGGGAUGCCCAGCUAUGCACGCUGCCUUCACGUCCCACCGUUGCGUUCGAGACAUCUGAUAACGAGCCAGAAAAUAUUCCCCCUGAGAUAUGAGAGGCAUCUUCAUCUUCCAAUUCAGCUGCUACAUCAGGUGCUUCACCAGGCUGCCUGUCAUCAUCCUCAGAGUCUAGCUCCGGGGCCCGGACAUGCAUUUGGCCUACACGUCCUGCUGGGCCAAAGGCCCAAUGGUGGACAGAAUCUUGAAAGAGAUAUGGGUUCCUCCUCAGUGGUGGCGUGGCCCCCACCCUGGCUACCGUCCCCUCAGGCGAGAUGCGAUCAUAAUAGAUCAAGAGAUCGAGUGGGUCGUCGAGAACCGGGUUCGACAGGAGCCAGGCGCUUACGGUUUCAUUGUUUUCGAUGAAGACAUAUUCUGUCCAAGAUAUCGGCAACUGAGGAGACCGGCGCAGCUGCCGACGACCUUCACCAGUUGCGCUAAGAAUCUAACUCAGGAAACUUUAUUGCGUUGACAUGAGGGGGACGCUAGUGAAGCGACUGAUAGUGGGUCGGAUUAUUUGAGUUGCUAUUGCCAGUGGUAGGUCGGACCCAAACAAUAUGUACCGCACAUGGACGUCCAAGUAGGGCACUCCAAUCUAAAUCUCCAUAUUCAGUAAGUAAAAACUCAAAGCACAUGUAUUAUUCCGAAGGGGACGCACCAGUUGGCGUAGGGCGAUUCCCCCUGAGACCAAGCACGAUUUGAACUGGCGGUUGGGGAGCAGGUCCAUCUUGUCCUGGCGGUGGGGGAGCAGGUCCACCUUGAUCCGGCGGUGGGGGAGCGACUCCGACUUGCACUGGCCGUGGGGGAAUUGGUGGCGGAGCGACUCUGAAUUGUCCUGGCGGUGGGGGAGCAGGUCCACCUUGACCUUGCGGUGGGUGGGGUGACAACGACCUGCGCUGGCGGUUGGACGACUGCGACUUGUGCUGGCAGUGGGGGACCCCACUGAGCUGGGGCGUGAAUCCAACACUUCCGUUGGGAAUCAAGCGCACAGGGAAGUACUGAAUGGGAGACUGAGAGAUGAGUGUGAUGGAGGUGGCGUUGUGGAAUCACGUAGGUGAGGGAACAGCACCAGAACGUUAUGGAGAGGAGAUGUUUUUUGAAAUGAUCUAUCUCAGAAAGAAAGAACAGAAAACAAAAUAUAAGUAGCUCAUGGUAGCUCCUCACACCAAGGGCUAACCACAACAUAAAGUAUAAAAACAACAGUC